CGAGCUCGACAUGGACUCCCCGGCGCUGCCGGCUGCGGCAGCGACCCCGCGCGGGGCCCAUCAUGGCGGCGCGGGGCGGCCCCGCCGAGGCCCCGACUCUCCGCCGAGCCCCGCGCGCCGCCGCCUGCUGCUGCUGCGGGAGCGGGAAGAUGGCGGGCGCGGAGGGCCGGGGGCGGAGGCGGGGGCGGCGGCGGGCCCCGGGCCGAGCCCCCCGCCCCCCGAGGCCGGCGGCGACGCUUUCGUGGUGCUGCUGGAAGUGCCGGGCGGCGCCGCAGCCGGAGCCCCGGAGCCGCGGCGGGAGGGGGAGGCGGAGCCCGGGCCCUCGGGCCCCUCGGGCCGCCCCCGGGUCGCCCCCGUCGGCGCAGCCGCCGCCCCUCAGCCCGGAGCGGCCGUGACCCUCGACGGCCAGAAGCUGCUGGUGCGCUUCGACCGAGGCGUCUUCACGCUGGCGGCCGCGCCGCCCGCCCCGCCGCCGCCCCGGGGCCCGCCCGCCACCGCCUCCGCCGCGGCCGCUACCGCCUCCGCUGUGCGCGGAGCCCCGGGGCCCGCCGCGCCCGCCGCGCCCGCCCACCGCUGCCCCGAGCCGCAGUGCGGCCAGGCCUUCGCCAGGAAGCGGCAGCUCAGGGCGCACCUGCUGGCGCACGGCGGCGGCGGCGCGGGCCGGCGGCCCUUCAAGUGCGCGCUGGACGGCUGCGGCUGGGCCUUCGCCACCGCCUACCGGCUGAAGCGGCACCUGCGCUCGCACGACAAGCUGCGGCCCUUCGGCUGCCCGGUGAGCGGCUGCGGCAAGAAGUUCAGCACCGUGUACAACCUGAGGGCGCACGCCAGGGCCCACGAGCAGCGCGGCCAGUUCCAGUGCGAGCUGUGCGCCCGGCGCUUCCCCUCCGCCGCCAGGCUCGGCUCCCACCAGCGCGGCCACUUCCAGCCCGAGCGGCCCUACAAGUGCGACUUCCCGGGCUGCGAGAAGACAUUCAUCACAGUGAGUGCUCUGUUCUCCCAUAACCGAGCCCACUUCAGGGAACAAGAACUCUUUUCAUGCUCCUUUCCUGGGUGCAGCAAACAAUAUGACAAAGCCUGUCGCCUGAAGAUCCACCUGAGAAGUCAUACAGGAGAAAGGCCUUUCAUCUGUGACUCUGACAGCUGUGGCUGGACCUUCACGAGCAUGUCCAAACUCCUAAGGCACAAAAGGAAGCAUGAUGAUGACCGGAGGUUCACCUGCCCCGUGGAAGGCUGUGGGAAGUCAUUCACGAGAGCAGAGCAUCUGAAAGGCCACAGCAUAACCCACCUGGGCACAAAGCCAUUUGCAUGUCCUGUGGAAGGGUGCUGUGCCAGAUUCUCUGCACGUAGCAGUCUGUACAUCCAUUCUAAGAAACACCUGCAGGAUAUGGGCGCCCCAAAAAGCCGCUGCCCCGUCUCCAGCUGCAACAGGCUCUUCACCUCCAAGCACAGCAUGAAGGCACAUGUGGUCAGGCAGCACAGCCAGUGCCCAGAUCUCUUCCCUCAGCUCCGAGCUCAGACCUCUCUGACACCCAGCAGUGAGCUCAGCAGCCCAGGCCAGAGUGAACUCAACAACAUAGACCUGGCGGCCCUGUUCUCUGACUCCCCUGGUGACAUUGGCAGCUCCCCUGGGGCUUCCGAUGAGGCACUCAACUCUGGGAUCUUGACUAUUGACGUUACGUCAGUGAGCUCUUCUCUUGGGCCAAACCUCCCUGCUAAUAAUAAUUCCUUAGGGCCGAUGGAACCACUGGUCUUGGUGGCCCACAGUGACAUUCCUCCGAGCCUGGACAGCCCUCUUGUUCUGGGGACAGCAGCCACGGUUCUUCAGCAAAGCAGUUUUGGUAUGGAAGAGGUGCAGACGGUGAGCCCAGGCGCCCUGGGCUGUCUGGUUGCCCUGCCCAUGAAGAGCUUGAGUCAGGACCCACAGACUCUGACUGAGAGCAGCCACUUAGCGGAGACCGCUGCCACGCCCACCUCUUCCAGUGCCCCCCGAGGAAACACCAGUGUCCCAGAACUGCUGACCCCAAUCAAAGUGGAACCGGUCUCGCCCCCUCGCUUAGAUGCUGGAAGGCAGCAGGAGCAAGGCAGAGAAGUGGCCCGCUCUGUGCUCUCCAGCCCCACAGAGAAACAGAGUCCUCAGAAAGACCCAGGGCUCAGUGCAGGGACCGGCAACUUCUACUUGGAAAGUGGGGGCUCAGCAAGAACUGAUUCCAGAGCCAUUCAACUAGCCAAGAAAAAAAAGCAGAAAGGAACUGGGAGCAAAGCAGGAGCCUCAGGGUCAACCCAGAGAAAAGCAAAAGACAGCAAAGCCAGCCCUGCUCCUCACACCCACGCCAGGCAGAGCAGUUGGCUGUGUGGGAACCUGGCGGUACCCAGCGGAGAUAUGCCGGGGCCAGCUCUGGCACCUGGGGUGCAGUGCUUCCAGAUCCAGUUACUGCAGGAGGACCCCUCUGGUGAAGGAGUCUUGCCGUUGGCCUUGAACCCACAACCGUCCACCUUCCACCCCCUGUAUGCUGCUGUCGACUUGCCUGUCUACGUUCUCCAGGAGGUGUUUCCUGCAGCCGAAGGGGCAGCUGGGAGCCAGGACAGCCCGUGCACAGGGAGCACCAUCAACCUGAGGGACCUGCAGUGAUACCACCUGCCUCCGUGUUCCUCGGGACUCCAGUGUGUUGUCGUCCUGGCCUGGGCCUGAUCCCCUGUGGCUCUGCUCAGAAGGUCAGAGUCAUCGUGCAGAGACUUUGAGGGACGUUGGUCAGAUGUUUUUGCUCAUCUGUUAUUAGGAAGCAGUUUAUGGCUGGACCAUGUGAAGCUGCCUUGUGGAAGCUGCCUGGGUGAGGCGCCCCUCUUCCCUGCUUGUCCACUGUGACCUGAGCCAGGGGUUUUGGAGUUUCCAAAGCAGUACUGGGGUGGAGCCUGAGCAGAAAUGAUGGGUCUGAGAUGAAACCAGGUGAGGGUCUUUCUGUCUUUGCGUUUGUGCAUUUUACCUGAGAAAGAUCCCGAAGGCUGUGCAGCCAACUGUUUUCCAGCGCCUCAGGCGCCGUUUAUAGUUGGGUUGGUUUGGCCACACUUAACAGGCAUAAAUGGUCCUGCCGUCUAGGUGAGACACACAUUCGAGUCCAUGUUCUGGCGGGCCAGGGGCCAGGGAUGUGCGAGGACAGUGCUGGCGUACAGUGAGGGAGCCCACUCAGCCAGCCCUCUGCAUUGACCAGCCUUGAGAGCUCAUAGUUUGGGGAUGGGAGAGUUAAAACUUAGUGAAUCUUUUUUCUAAAGUCUGCCUUAACAUUAAAGAAUAGUCAAGCAGCGGCUCAUAAAGCCAAGUCCUGGGCCCUGUGAGCGAGGCUUGAGAUUAGUACCAGUGUGUGUCUGUGGUCGAGGCUGAACGUGGGCCUCUCUGGGGUCACCGUGUACUUUGCACACCAGGUCCUGUCUUGGAGAAGAGGAGUUGACAGCUGGCACACAUUUAUCUGUUUAUGACCUAGCAGACUUGAGCACAGGGCCACCCACAGAACCUUUUUCCUUGUUGCCUUCUGCCACGUGUGUUUGUUUAUUCAGACUUAGAGUCACUCAGAUCCUGCUUGUCCUGUGUCCCUUUAUCACUUGAGUUUUUUGCUUGCUGGUUUUUGGGAAUGACCCCUGUCUUCACUGGGGAAGCAGGGGGUAUCUCUCUGUGUGUGAGCUACUGUCUGCCCCAGGUGCCUCUCCACUUGGAGGCAUUCAGGGCCCUUUGAAAAUGGUUCUUUCCCCUUCAAACUCUGCUGCAUCCCAGACUGAAGUUCAGUGGUUGAACUUGAGUACCUGACGCCUGGGCUGUCGGGUCAUCCAGUGCCCUCCGACCUCUGUAGGGAUCCUCUCCUCCUGGGAGGACAGUGGUAGAUGGUCAAGGAUACAGGGGUGCUCCUCUGGUGGCCCUCGUGUCCUUCAGCGAGCGCCCACCACAAGGUGAUUGAUAUGGGCUGUCAGUUUUCUGGGCACUGGGAUUCCUGUUGGUGAUGGGCCUCACUUCUAGUGCAAAUGAAUAAAAGUUUUUCUGUCUACACCAAA